AAGGAGACAAACAGGGAUGACUUAGUGCAUUAGUACAUGGGAUGAUGGUUACAUAUUCAAACUGACAUUUCUUGCUCGUGUCAAUUACUCCUGAUGAUGGGCUUAACUUGAAUUGGGCAUUGUUGUAACCUCGCCCUUCUUGGUUGCUAUAGUCGACACUUGCACUUCAUCCUCUGCAAUACCAACCUCUGGAGCUGAGAGGUGUGGCCACCAUCACAGGGCAUCAGUGUUCUCCUUCUCUCUUCCCGCGCGGUAUUUAAUGUUGACACUCCUCACUCCUCUCCCAUAUACCUUUGUCCACCACCGGGCAUGUUUCGCUGAAGGAUUGGCGGCCUCCAGCACUGCUUUCACCACGGUGUGAUCUGUGAGAACUGUAACUUUGUUCCAAUGCAAAUAGUGAUGAAAGUGGGAUAUAGCCCAAACUACAGCCAGUGAGUGUCUCCGAUUCUGUAAUUCCGUAUCGCUUCUCACUGGUGUAGUGCUCGGUUUGCAUAUGUAAUUGGAUGUGUAGUUGGUUAUCUGGCUGAACCUGGCACCUAGCCCCAGGAUAGAUGCAUCUGUCUCCAGCGUGAAGUCUGGACUCAUAGAGGCCAUGCGGCGUAAUAAAUGCAGUCUUCUCCCGAGAGUUAGGAUGCAUUUGAAUUUGCCAAAGGCCUGAUGCUAUAAGUCUAUUGACGAGAAUAUCUUGCACUGGUCCAGCAGGUCCAAGAGGUCCUCAAUGCGGGGAAGGGAACAUCAAAGUUCCGACUGGCACAUGCAAGUGCCAACUGACCACUUUUUAGGAUGUGUGGGUGGUUUUUAUAUCAGAUGCUACGUACAGAAUUUUAACACUUUUUGCAUGCAUUGCCAUACAGUAUACAAUAGGUGACUAAACAUAAAACAGACACAGAAUACACCACAUUCCGAUCCAUGUCACUUGUGAAACUGCAAAACAGGUGGUCUUGCACAGCCUCACUCUGCAGACGCCACAGCCAAAGGACAUGUGACGUGGAUCCUGUCUUUGUGAAUUGGCAUUGAUGGUACCUACCCUUCUUCAUAUUAAGUACUGGAUCUUUCUCUACAUAACAAGCUCUCUGGCCAAAGUAAAAGAAAUGCAUUGUUAUCAUGUUGGGUAAGGUUUUGCACUGGACGAUAAAUCCCUUGAAACAUAGGAUAGAGCCCAGGGCCUAGAUAUACUUGAAGAGCUUCAGCCUGAGCAAACUUGCAUCCCUUUGGGGUAGGUGCCACACCAUCCAGAUCAUAAUCAUCGUUACUCCAUUGCUCUAUCACCUCAUUCUCCUCAUCAUCUUGUUCUUCCUUGUCCUCCUUGUCUCCUAUUUGUGCACUUCUUCAUCUUCAAUUUCAUUCAGGGCAUUUCCAUCACACCUUCCAUCACAUCCUUGGACGUAGAGAAUUGUGUCCCGGGGGCUUCCCGUGGCUUCUCCCUUGUUCAGCUGACAUCACGCUCACUCCUCCUCUCAUCAGGUCACAGAGCCCCGCCUUACUAAUAGAAGCUACGCCUACUGCCAGGGGUAGGUAUUAUAGAGCGAGACAGAGGGUUGCGCCCGAGUACUGCCCUCUUCGGCGGGAGAGAAGUAUGGCAUCUCCUGCAACCAAUGUUGUGUAUGACUUCAUCAGCAAAGAAAAUCAGAGUAAAUGGAGAGGUAUCCUUCAGCCUGCCAUUGGAAAGAUACAAAAGCAGGUGCACCCUCGCAUGGAUAUAGAAGAUGAUGCUGUCCUGUACAUGGAGGACCUUCUCUACCAUUUGCUGGCUCUAAUCUGCAGUACAAAACCUCACUCCAUCAAUGAUGUUGCAACCUACAUUACAAAGACCUUCGUUGUUCCUCUUAAUACUUGGGCCAUAAAUGACGCUCAAAGGACUAUGGAACGGCAUCAAUUGCGCAAAGGAAAAUCUGUCUUUAACCUCCCCGUAGAUAAACUCAACCCUCUACUUGAGAAGGAAGUAUUCAAGUGUGUGGUUGAAGUCAACAUGGUGCGUUACAUUGCUGCCAUACUGGAUUAUAUUGCUGCUGAUAUCUUGAAGUUGGCUGGAAAUGUGAUGAAGAACACGCGAAGUGUGGCCAUUCGCAUCAAAGUUUCUGAUAUCAAGCUGUCCCUGAAUGCAGAUGUUGCAUUGCACUCACUUUUCAAGCAACUUAAUGCCCAACAACUUGGGGAUGGAACACUUCCACCAGUUGAGGCAUGUGAGGAGAAUGAACAAGCUGCAACCUAUGACCAAUUGGUGCGGCAACUUGUAAGCAAUGAAGAGAAGUAUAUCAGCCAUCUUAACCUCAUCCUCAAGGUUUACCAGGAGCCCUUUACUGAUAAACCCAAACUAUUUCCACCUGAGGAGGUGAAGAAGGUCUUUUUGCACCUACCAGAGCUUCAUGCGUUGUCAGUUCAGCUGCUUUCGUCACUAGAUGAGUGCAUGGAGAUGGCAGGAGUUGUUGAUGGUGAACCCCAGAGUCCACAGGCAGGCUUUGUCUUUGAAGAGAUGGCCGAGUCUCAGGAGUUUGAUGUGUAUGCCAACUAUGCAAAUUCCUACAGUGAUUCAGUUAAUGCUCUACAAAAGCUACUGGAGAAUGCUGAGGCCAAAGAGUACCUUAAGACACUUACAGAGCCAGACCUAUUCAAAGAAGCUAUUCAGUAUGUUUUGCCGAAGAGUCUGUUGGAGCCCCUGUACCAUUGUUUUUACUAUUUUGAAGCUGUGAAUAUGUUGAUGAGGAAAUCCAAAGGUGAAGAUCUUGAUGCUUAUGAGGCUGCUGAAGGGUGUAUGGUGAGGCUCAAGAUGAACUUAGAGAAGCAAUGCACUGGGCUACUGCCCAGUAGAAAGGAGGACUUGGGUGUGUUGGUACAAAAACCAAGUUAUAAGACAUCAAUGAAGAUCAUCUCCAGUGUGCAGAGCAAGAUUGAAGGCUGGGAAGGCCCUGACCUACUUCAGUGCUCCACUGAGUUUUUAAUGGAGGGAUCAGUCGUAAUCACAAGAGAAGGAAACCGAAGGAGAAUUGAU